AUGGAUGGAAUCUUAAAUGAAGCUCUGCAAUCAAUGUCACUGGAAGAUGAUAAACCUAUAGAUUUACCAGAUGAGGAAGAUUACAGUGCUGCGGUUGUUAAUGCUAGAAGUCUAAUCGGGCGUUUACUGAAUCCGGAGUGCCAGAAUAUGGCGAGAAUGCUGAAGACAAUGCCGCGUAUUUGGAAGGUAUAUGAGAGAGUCCAUGGAAUUGCUCUUUCAAAGGAAAACUUCCAGUUUGUUUUUGAGCGGGACACGGACAUUGAAACAGUGAUGAAAGAUGGGAUAUGGUCAUUCAAUGAUUGGAGUAUAGUCCUGGAUUGUUGGGUUGAAAAGCUGCCACCAAGUUAUCUAAAGUUCGUUCCGGUUUGGAUUCGGAUUAGCAAAAUUCCUGUGAAUUUUUGCACCCUUAAAACCAUUGAUGCGAUAGCAGAUAGGGUGGGACAAGUGAAAGAAAUUCUGUUUGAUCCUGAGAAAUCUAGGUUCCAAGACUUCGUGCGAGUGUUGGUUAUUGUGGAUUUAGAUCAACCUCUUUAG